AUGAUUGAGAGCCCGCCCCCUAAGUUUGGAGCUCCUGAUGGGCGUAUACCAUACUGGCGCUUGUUGACCGACCAAGGGGUAAUUACCCAAGAGAUCGCUGAAUAUGACUACGUCGGCACUGGCACGGAAGAAGACCCCUAUGCAGUAUCAUGGAUCCCAAACGACCCUCGAAAUCCUCUGCUGUUUGGCCUAGCAAAGAAGGUGACCAUCACCUUAGCUGUCGCGUUCUCCACCUUGAUUGUUUCCUUGACGUCCUCAGCCUAUAGUGGCAGCAUGCGCCAAAUAGAGGACCAUUUCCAAGUCAGCACUGAAGUAGCCACCAUCGGCCUCUCAUUGUUUGUAUUGGGCUUCGCUAUUGGACCCUUGUUCUGGGCUCCAGUAGGCGAGACCUUCGGACGACAAAUCCCCUUCUUCAUCAGUACCGGCAGCAUGGCCAUCUUUUCAGCAGGCUGCGCCGGCGCUGACAAUAUCCAAACCCUUCUUGUCCUUCGUUUCCUGGCGGGCGCUUUUGGUUCUUCCCCAUUCACCAAUGGCGGUGGUACCAUCUCUGAUAUGUUUACUGCUCGGCAGCGCGCGUUGGCUAUCAGUCUGUAUGCCGCCGCCCCCUUCCUAGGACCUUGCUUAGGUCCUAUCAUUGGAGGCUUCCUAAGCAUGAACGCCGGAUGGAGGUGGGUAGAAGGCUUCCUUGCGGCGACAGCUGGUCUGGUAUGGAUAGUCAUCACCGUGGCCGUGCCAGAAACCUAUGCGCCCGUCCUUCUACGUCGACGUGCUGAGACCUUAACCCGCGUUACGGGCAAGGUAUACCGCAGCAAGGCCGAUCUAAGUAAAGGCAGACAGUCGUUACCCAAGCUGCUGUCAAAUGCCAUGUCCCGGCCGUUGCUAUUCCUCUUCCGCGAGCCGGUGGUGCAACUCUUCUCCAUAUACAGUGCCAUCGUCUACGGCACGCUCUACAUGCUGUUUUCCGCCUUCCCGAUUGUUUAUGAAGAAGGACGGGGCUGGAACCAAGGUGUAGGCGGGCUAGCUUUCCUUGGUGUUAUGAUCGGCAUCAUGCUAGGCAUUCUAGCCACAAUCCCGUACAACAAAUUAUACCAACACGUGCAAGAUGCCAACGGAGGCUACGCGCCCCCAGAAGCCCGUCUACCAGGAAUGAUGCUCGCAGCAAUCAUCACACCCGCUGGUCUAUUCUGGUUCGCAUGGACCAAUUCACCAUCAAUCCACUGGAGCGUGAGCAUCAUCGCGGGUGCGCCAUUCGGAUUUGGCGUAGUUCUGAUCUACUUGGGCGUCAUGAACUAUCUCAUUGACUCCUACACCAUUUACGCUGCCUCGGUGUUGGCCGCUAAUGCCAUCUUGCGCUCUAUUUUCGGCGCUGUCUUCCCCCUUUUCACGAACUAUAUGUACCAGAAUCUUGGUAUUCAUUGGGCUUCUUGUAUUCCCGCUUUCCUUGCUGUUCUUUGCAUGCCUGCUCCUUUCCUUUUUUACAGAUAUGGGUCGGCGAUUCGUGCUCGUUGCAAAUAUUCUGCGAAGUCGCAGUUGUAUAUGGAGAAGUUGCAUGCGAGUGCUGCUUCGUGA